AGUGAUUACUAAUUGAGGGUUUUACAAAGCGGCGUGUGGGAGCUGAAUACCAAUCCUUCUCUUCUUCAAUUAUAACAAAUAUGGUUUCCCUUACUCUUAUUGAUCAGCCCAAGCAUCAUUCGGACUUCAAGUUCGGUUUUGAAGCCAAGGAGCUUCCGAUUGCUGAACCAACCGCCUCUCAAACGUUGGUUAAAGUUCAAGCAGCUGCUUUCAAUCAUCGUGAUUUAUGGAUCCUUCGUAACAUGUAUCCCGGAAUUGUCAUGGGAUCGACUUUGGGUUCCGAUGGCGUUGGCAUUGUGGUGAAGAACGGUAGUCAGUCAUCGUCCUUUGAAGUCGGUCAGCGCGUGCUGAUUAAUCCAGGCGUCAAUUGGGAAUCCGACGAAAGAGGCCCGGAAGGCGACUUCAAGAUCCUCGGUCUCUUGCCUGCCAUCGGCACAUUUUCGGAAAGUUUGGUCACAGAAUCCAGGGAGUUGGUGCCAUGUCCUGAGCAUCUUUCUACUGCUGAAGCUGCUGCUCUGCCAUUGGCUGGUUUAACUGCUUACAGAGCUUUAUUUACCAAGGGUAAAGUGAAGAAGGGAGACUAUGUUCUUAUUACUGGAAUUGGCGGCGGUGUGGCCUUAUUUGCGAUGCAAUUUGCUGUGGCUGUCGGUGCUCACGUUUAUGUGAGCUCUGGAAGCCAAGAAAAAAUCGAGCAAGCCAAAGCGUUGGGUGCUGAAGGUGGCAUUAAUUACAAAGAUCCCAAAUGUAUUGCGGAAUUGAAGAAGAUGUUGAACGGUAAUCAGAUUUCUGCUAUCAUCGAUGGUGCGGGUGGACCAUUAUACACGCAAUAUCCCAAGGUGAUGCGGACCGGUGGUAUCAUUGUGAAUUAUGGUCAAACAGCCGGUGUUGAAGGUGUUUCCUUCACUAUGGGCCAUGUGAUUAAAAAUAUCGAUUUGUGUGGUUCCACGAUGGGGUCUCGCCGUGAAUUCCAGGAAAUGGUGGCUUUUGUGGAUAAGCACAAAAUCAAGCCUGUUGUGUCCCGUGUAUGGCAAGGACUUACCAAUGAGAACGUGGCUGAAGCCAUUGAAAUGAUGAAAAACCAUCAACAAUUCGGCAAAGUGGUGAUUGAAAUCAAUGGCAGCGCCAGCCCUCAGCUUCACAAGUUGUAAGACCACCUCACUCCUCAUGCCAAAAAAAAGUCCGACAGGGAAAAAAGUCAAACAUAAAAAAAUCGAAUGAGCGCAAGAAUGACGUAUCCACAAUCAAAAAGACCAUAAUCGGUUUUGUUGGGAUUUACCAAUAAAAAUGUGCAAAAAAGCAGUUUCCCCCC